GCUCUACACUCUUCCACCUCUCCACGUCACCCCCUCCUUCUCCGCGUGCGCCCAUCCAUCCCAACUCCCCAACCAAGCAGCGGCGAGCCAGCGAUGGCGACACCCACUGCCCAAACCGCGGCGCUCCUCGCCGCCGCCGCCGCGCUCUUCCUCCUCGCGUCGGCGGCCCUCCCGGUCGUCCGCUCCGACGCCGGCGGCGACGGCGACGUCACCGCGUACGACGAGCUCCGGCACCGCGGGUUCCCGCUGGGCUUGCUGCCGGCGAACGUGCGCGGGUACACGCUGGACUCCGGGUCGGGGGACUUCGCCGUGGACCUCGCCUCCAGCUGCCGGAUCGUGCUCCCCGCGGGGAGCUACCUCGCCUCCUUCAGCGACCGCCUCACGGGCCGGCUCGACGACCGCCGCAUCUCCGGCCUCAGCGGCAUCCGCGUCAGGGCCUUCUUCCGGUGGUGGUCCAUCACCGGGAUCCGCGCCGACGGCGACGAGCUCGUCUUCGAGGUCGGCUCCGUCUCCGCCAAGUUCCCCGCCCGCCACUUCAACGCCAGCCUCGAGUGCCCCGCCAAAGCCGACUCUUAGUACAAAGGUAAAGGUCCUGGUGUCUAUUCCUUGAUAUGGCAUCAUGAAGCGGCUUAGGCUUCAGGCUUUCAGUGUUCUCUGUUUCUUCGCACCUGUCUGUAAUUAUUCGUGUAUAAGGCUGAAAUGCUGAAUUGUUCAGCCAGUCGCCCCACGCAAACAAAGUGGAACAGAACAAUGCGUACUGUAGCUCUUGUAUCUAUACCUUCUAUAUAGUUGGUAUAAUUGGUACCCACUAGUUGUGUUGGUAGUUGUUACCCAUGUCCAUGUAUCGUCGUUUCAGUCCGAAAGACUCGGGGCGCCGAAUAUAUAUGUUGCCUCAGACACGACCAGGUACAGAUCAAAACCGUUUUUGACUCUGUGAACCA